UCCUCUGCGCAGAAUUGGUGACGUCAAUCCGCGCAUGCGCGCCGCGGAGUGUCAGAGAAGCAAGAUGGCCGCCCUCAGAGGGGGUCUCUUGACCCGUGCUAUUACUAAAGCAAAAACACCGGGAAUCUCAAACAUUCUCCUCGGAACUAGAGCAGCAUCUGGUUCUUCUAAAGACAUAAUGCCCGGUCCGUACCCCAGGACUCCAGAGGAGAUGGCAGCAGCGGCCAAGAAAUACAACAUGACGCUGAAAGAUUACAAACCUUUUCCUGACGAUGGCAUGGGGUACGGCGAUUACCCCAUGCUUCCUAAUCGAUCACAGCAAGAGAGAGACCCCUGGUAUCAGUGGGACCAUCCUGAUCUCAGGAGGAACUGGGGAGAGCCCAUGCACUGGGACUUUGACAUGUACAUCAGGAACAGGGUUGACACGUCUCCGACCCCCGUGGACUGGAAGUCGAUGAGGAACCAGCUGCUGGGGUUCCUGGGCUUCAUGCUGCUGAUGUUUGGUUUGGGCGAGAUGUUCCCCUCCUACCAGCCUGUGGUUCCUAAACAGUAUCCUUACAACAACCUGUAUCUGGAGAGAGGUGGAGACCCUGACAAAGAACCAGAACCUGUCAAACAUUAUGAAAUCUAAUGCUAGAAACCUGUGUUUCGUAACUUAUGUAUAUUUCUCUCUAAUAAAGUUCACUUAAAUUAA